GAAGGAAUGCAUAAUUAUUUUCGGGACAAAAAAUAUCAAAACGUAGUGCAAGAUGCGAGCCGAAACUGAUGCUUUAUAGCCUCCACUUAUAAUUUAUAUAUAUCCAAAUAAAAUGACCAACAGAGCCUUGCUUUUAAAUAAUAAAUUUUCUUUUUUGAUAAAAAUCACCGUGUUUUUUUUUUUCUUAACUAACGCCCAAAAUGUACGUCACGGUUCGUUACAUUUCAGCUUUUUGCCUCGUUUAGCAGCUGCCAUUUUUGUUUCAGGACUCACUCACAUAAGCAUGGAAGUUUAUCUCAACUUUUACAGCUGAUAGUCAGCAAAACGCAUGUAAAAAUGUUUUUAUUUACAUUAUAGCAACAUGCGUUUACUUUUUUUAUCGUUGCUUUUGUGUAUUGAAAUCAUAAGCAAACAUCAAUACGUACAUUCAAGUUACUUAUCGCAUAUUGUGCAGAAAAAAACUUUGAUAGAACUUCCUGUGGAUGUUGAACAAAAAUAUUAUGUCGCAAGCACUGCUCGAGCCAGAGUUCAACAGAUAUCGAGUUACAGUUCGGACCAUGUUGCUGAGCGGACGUCCGAGGAACCUCUAAACAAAGAACAAAAAUUAACUAACGUAAGUGCAACCAGAGAUGUCAGUAAAAACAAGACAGUCGAUGGACAAUCUGACGAACCUGAGGAAUGCGCGGAAGAUGAUACAAGCGCGGAUGGUAAAGAAGAUGAAUUUGUUAGUGGCGUACAGGCGAUUAACAGUUUAACGAAAGAUGAGAAACUUUUAUAUAAGAAGGACAAUAAAAAGAAAUCAGAGAAAAAGAAGAAGAAGAAAAACGAAUUUUCUACUGAUAUUGACUUGAAAGAAAUACAAAAUCUAUUCAAAGGUAAAGACAUUGAAAAGUUCCAAGAAAACUUCACUGCAAAAAUGAAAAAGAAAGCCUUUGAAGAAAUUAAAAAGAAACUAUAUAACAAAGAAUCUAAAUUAAAAAUUUUAGACUCGUUUGAUUCAGUUGAUAACAACACCGACAUAAAACUCCACGAAAUGCUGGAAAAAGCAUUAAAGAAAGAAGAAGACAGUAUUAAAUAUAAAAUAAAUUUCCCGAUGUUUUAUCACGCGGUAGGAACUAUAACUCUGCCGUUUGAUGAUCUAGUGGAGCCGUUUGAAACUUGGUACGCUGGUGAAUUAAACAUGAGCAGAAUUGAUUAUUAUUAUGGUAUGGAUAAAAGCUAUCAACGAGGUGACAUUGGUAAACACGGAGUCGUAGUGAAGAUUACUCCCGCUCACUGGAGCAAAAAAGCAGACCUGGAUGAGAACACUAUAUCCUGUUGGUACAAAGAAGAAUCAAAAUGGUCGAACAGAAGAGGACAAACCGUUAUUCCCAUGAAUGUAAAAAAGUUUAAGUAUGCUGGCCCACAUCGAUUCAAUGGUGUUCCUGCUUUUAAAUUUGUUUAUCAAAAACGCUUCGUGGAUAAAAAUAAUACAUACACAUUUCACGUUAGCCAAUCAAAACCGUAUAAACCAUUGCGCUACGAAAUGAUUGGCUACGAUCAUUUAUUGCGGUCUCACUACGACCACUACAUUAUUGAUUACUUUUCAUUCGAACCGUGGAAGUUCGACUAUAAAGUACUUCAAAUUCCGAAAGGCCCUUAUCUUAUUUACCGUAUGUAUUUAUUUUUCGUAGAGUUUAAAUGUUACAAAAAAUUAAAGAAAAUGAAAUCACAUUUUGAAGCAAACCCAAUGUGGGAUUUUUUACAUAGUGAAGAGCCGGGACAUCGAGAAAACGAACUUAGCGAGACUUACACAACUUAUAAACACAAACAUGAUAAACAAUACGACGAUUUGGAAAAUCAGAAACGGAAAGAUAUAUUUAGACAUAACGCACGCUUCGUACACUCUCAUAAUCGAGCAAAAUUGAAUUAUUCUUUGGAGUUGAAUCAUUUUUCUGAUCUCUCCGACGAAGAAUUUGAAAUGAUGAAAGGACAACCCAAUGUUGAUACUCCAGAUAUGCAAAAAGAAAUAAAUGAUAUUCCUCAACUGCGCUUGGAAAUUCCAACAACGCCUUUGCCAACAAAUUUAGACUGGAGAGAUUACGGCGUUGUAAGUGCAGUACACAGUCAAAGUUUUUGUGCUUCGUGUUGGGCGUUCUCUGCAGUUGGAGCAAUCGAGGCUGCCUUUGCUAUUCAAAAUGGCAGUUUAGAAGAAUUAUCUGUACAAGAGCUGAUUGAUUGUAGUUGGGGAUAUGAUAACAACGGGUGUCGAGGAGGAUGGUCAUGGCGUGCUCUGAAGUUUGUUGGUGAACACGGAUUGGCAACAAGAAAGAGUUAUGGAAAAUAUUUAGGACAGGAGAGUUACUGUCAUUGUGGAAAGAAGGACAAUUGUGAAAUGAUAAAAAAGAUAUCUUAUCGAACUAUUGAAAAACAUGAUGGUGAAAAGUUAAAAGUUGCUCUCUCGAUGUUCGGUCCUGGAAGUAUAUCAGUGCAAUGUGCAAGAAAGACAUUUAAAUUCUAUUCUUCAGGAAUAUAUGAUGAUCCCAAAUGUGGAAAUAAAACAGACCAUGCAGUUGUUAUUGUUGGUUAUGGAGAAGAAAACCAAAUUCCAUACUGGUUGAUAAAAAAUAGUUGGGGAAAACUUUGGGGAAAUAAAGGUUAUAUAAAAAUAGCGAUGAAAAAAGACUUGUGCGGUGUAUUACAAAAUGGAGCUCUGAUGGUUUCAAUGGGAACCUGGAAAGAGAACGGAUUUCCUUUUCAAAAAAUGAAGAAAAGAAAAAAAGAAACCACAGAAAAUUUUAGUAAAUUACAGAACGAAGAAAGCAUAUUAGAUUUAUUUUCACCUUCUGAUCACGUGACUAGAUACAUCGAAGAAAAUAAAUAUUAAUACGCACCUUGUUCCAGACCUCUCUCGAUAUAUCCAGAUAUCGCAAUAUUUUAUAGUUUUCGUUUAUUAUUCAUAAUGAUUUACAAAAACAAUAAACGUGUUAUU